GAUCUCGCAUUAAAGUCUGUACCGAAGCUCGAAGUCAAACGCAAGUUUUUCAAGUUACAUUCAUUCUGUAGAAUUGACCACGGCUUUCAUAAGAUGGAAAGCUCUAUAGAUGCUAACUGGACCAAUGAGGAUUAUGAAAUCAAGGAGCAGGACCGGUUCCUCCCCAUUGCAAACGUUGGAAGAGUCAUGAAAAAGGCCUUGCCAGAUCAUGCAAAGCUUUCCAAAGAGUCCAAGGUGUGUAUCCAGGAAUGUGUGAGUGAGUUCAUCUCAUUCGUAACUAGUCAAGCCGUUGACCGAUGCAACAUCGAGAAGAGGAAAACCCUCAAUGGAGAAGACAUAUUAUGGGCCUUAUACACCUUAGGGUUUGAAAGCUACUCCGAAACCCUCAAGAUAUACCUUGCCAAGUAUCGAGAAUUUGAGCAGAAGGAAGCAGAAAAAAGGCCUCCUAGAAAGGCAUCCAGGAAAAGAGCCAAACAAGCCACUCAUGAACCUGAACCUGACUACGAUUCGGAGGAUUUCCUCUCUGAGGAUAUCAGUCCAGGAAACUCGGAUAGCUCAUUAAGCAGACAUGUUACACGAGAAGCGUAUAUGAAGACUCCUGCUGGUAAUAUGGAAGUUACCAAUGGUGCGGACUUCAAGUAUGACUUCAAUGACCCGACAUUUGUCAACUUCAACAUGAAUCAACGGUCCAACUCCAUGAACUAUUUGCUUAUGCCAUCCAGAAGACAGUCGAGUAUCAAAGCUGAGGGUGAAACAGACUUGCCAAACUUUGAGGAGUUUGUUGAUCGGAUAGAGCAGUAGAAGAUUGUAAUUGUAAUAUAAAUUUUGGAAGCGGGUCGGAUUUU